GCUUCAUCAAUCUCUACUUUCCAUCCACCUCCAUCAUUUAAUCUAUCUCAACAUCCUUAAUGUCACUCUAGUCUCAUCAAGUCUCCGUUGGACCGCUUGCCGUGGCCAUGCAUUGAGCUUUUGCCAUGGCUGCCCGAUGACACGAGAACGGAAUUUCUCUCCCGGGAUAUUACGUGCCAUGGAAGUUUGUUAUCCAGUUGGAGGAAUCCGGAUGUAGCUUGGAAAUUAUGCGAAAUGGCAAGCAAGUACUGACGAAUACCAAACAAAGUGCAGUAUCGCCCAAUCUAUCCUGUCCCGGGCUCUGGGAUGCGUUACAUUGUCUUGUAGCGUCGUUGAAAAAAGAAUCACCACGCUAUUGCUUCCAAGCACAGGCAAACAUAUCCUCAACAGCCAGCCAUCAUGCGCUUCGAUCUCCUUGCCCUCUCGGCCUUCGCCCCGCUCGUUGCGGCCCACGGUGCCGUAACCAGCUAUAUCAUUGGGGGCACUACCUACCCAGGUUACGAGGGUUUCUCUCCUGCCAGCUCCCCCAAGACCAUCCAGUUCCAAUGGCCCAACUACGAUCCGACGAUGACCGUCUCCGACGCCAAGAUGCGCUGCAACGGCGGUACCUCCGCCCAGCUGAGCGCCACCGUGCAAGCCGGCUCUAACGUCACCGCCGUCUGGAAGCAAUGGACGCACGAGCAAGGCCCCGUUCAGGUGUGGUUGUUCAAGUGCCCCGGCGCCUUUGGUUCGUCCUGCAAGGGCGACGGAAAGGGCUGGUUCAAGAUCGAUGAGAUGGGCAUGUGGGGAGGCAAGCUGAACAGCGCAAACUGGGGAACCGCCUUGAUUGUGAAGAACCACCAAUGGAGUAGCGAAAUUCCGAGAAACAUGGCACCCGGGAAUUACCUGAUCAGACAUGAGCUGUUGGCCCUGCAUCAGGCCAAUACGCCGCAGUUUUAUGCCGAGUGUGCACAGAUUGUGGUCCAGGGCUCAGGCAAUGCGGUUCCGCCUAGCGACUAUCUGUAUUCAAUCCCGACCUAUGCGCCUCAGAAUGACCCCGGCGUGACGAUUGAUAUCUACUCGAGCAAGGCCACAACAUAUACUCCUCCUGGUGGUCGCGUCUGGUCUGGAUUCCAGUUUUGAAAAGUUCGGGCAUGGCUGCAUGGCCCCAGCAGUGACAAUCCAAAUAAUCAUGAUGAAGCACAAAUGCCUCUCCAGCAUCCAAAGGUUUGAUAUGUAGGGUUUAUUAUCCAAAAAAAUCUAUAUAGUAUAUCCAAGUAGCACACCGGGUGCAUAAUGA